AUGGAGAUAAAUCAAUCCAAUGAAGGGAUUUUUGCGUGCCAAGAAAGGUAUGCAAAUGAAGUUCUUAAGAAGUUUGGCAUGGAGAAUUUCAAACCAGUGGACACUUCACUGGUUCCAAAUGUAAAAUUAACCAAAGAUGAUGGUGCAAUGAGAGUGGAUGAAGGGCUGUUCAGAAGCUUAAUUGGAUGCUUGCUAUACUUGACAACUACACGACCUGACCUCAUGUUUGCCUCUCGCUAUCUUUCUAGGUUCAUGAGCAAUCUAAGUGAGCUACAUUUCAGGGCAGCCAAGAGGGUAUUGAGGUAUGUGAAAGGGAGUACCAUGCUUGGUAUUUGGUUUAAAAAAUCAGAAAGCCUGGAGUUGUUGGGGUAUUCUGAUAGUGAUUGGGGUGGAUCUCUUGAUGACAUGAAGAACGCCUCUGGUUAUGUGUUUUUACAUAAACUCAAGUGCAAUUUGUUGGCUGUUAAAGAAACAAGAGACUGUGGCUCAGUCCAUAGCAAAAGCAGAGUAUAUUUAUGCUACUGUAGCCGUGAACCAAGCCAUAUGGCUAAGGAAAAUUCUUGA